CUGCGACAAGACCAUCCCUUCCUGUUUUGUUCUGUUUUCUACGACGCAACGGCGGUCGAACUACAGUUCUUCCCUAGACAAUUAGGUGAAAGCGGGCGGUUCCUGGUCUCUCCGCCAGACGUAUAACGCUUCCCUAGUGUAACCCGAUCUGUCUUUCCCUCAAACGGCAACGAACACUACCCGCUUUGACAAGGAACAGUGUCUGCACGAAAUUAACGGAGCAACCCACAAGUCUGCGAUAUCCACGGUCCGUCACCCACGAGGUGGACGGCCUCUGAUAGACCCAGGCUAUCGAAAAAGCGAUCGCCCUUUGGUCCACUUUCUCUAUUCGUGUCCCCCGGUCCUUACCAGGGAUCCUAACCGACAUUGUAAUCAAAAGUUCUGGCCUAUCCUUAGAGCAAGAUGGCGUCCUCCGCUAAUUAUAACCAUCACCCGCUGCCUGCUCCGCCGCCCCAGCAGGAACAGUAUUAUCCGCCUUAUCAACAACAGCAACAGCCGCCGGUGGAACAGGACUACCAGUACGCUCCUCAAAACUACCCACCACAGCAGACCCAGUACCAGCAACCUACACGCAGUCGGCAACAACCACAACCACAACCACAACAACAACAACAACAGCAGGGACAGCAACAACGGCCGCCGCCUCCAAGAGCUGACUCCAACUCACAGCAGCAGCAACAAUCUCGCGUACGGCCUAGAUCAAGAGCAUUCAGCUUCCGAUCUGACAAGUCUCAAAAGAGUGCCAACGGCCAGGCCCACAAGACCAAUCUUAUAGAGACGUCAGCGGAGAAGGAGGCUCACAGACUACAUGGUAAAGCUGAUCCUAGAAUGGCGUUGAACGAAAGAGAACCUGCCAUGGAGGCGCAAACCGUCUCAGACCGGCCUGCGUUGAGGUCUAUUCAGCACAAAGACCUUAUGGGAAACCUAAUCACUGAUCCCGACCGUUCAAAUCCUACCCGAAGUCGCUGGGAACGACCUUUGGAUACGAUUCGAAGCUUCGAAGCAGCCAUUGAUGGCGGUUACAAUCGUAAAUCGGUUUAUAGGCCCGACUCAGAGUCUCUUGCCAACUGGAAUAGGAGGAGUAGUUACUAUGGAAGUGAGCAGCAUCGUGGCCCCCAACCACGCUUGAGUCAUAUGUCUCACACAGUUCGUCCAGACAACGGACGCGCACCUCAAGAGAGCUGGUACGGACGGCAAAACCGAACAGACGGUGGGAUGAAUGACCAGCGGCAAUCGGUAAUGAUGGGGAGCUCGAGAGACAGCUACUAUGAAGGCUUCGAUGGUGGUCCAUACAAUAAUGGGGGUCCGAGCAUGGGGGCGCGAAAUAAGUAUCCACGAAACCACUCAGAACCAUACUUGAAUGGCCACGAACGCAAUGUCUAUCCGAUGCCGAAUAACCAUCGAUCGUAUGAGACGGUUGCGUCUGGGACGGGGACGGGCAGCAUGGGCGAACCGGUGGGCUAUCAAACUGAUCCCACUAGCAGCGAGAACAGUUCCAUUGAUCGUCGUUCACCGCCGAAACGUCAGGAAUCGAUGAACGAUUACGGUAUUAGUUUCGGUCAGUCGCCUUCUUACCAAGCGCCAGGUCUUGGUAUAGGCAAAAAUGGCGCAGAGCAGCCGCCUCCUUUACCACGAAAGGAGCAAGGUUCUCUGUUGAGAAAACCCUCAAAACCCGUGGUCAGCAAAUCACAAGAACGCCCAGAUACCGGUGGAAAACGAAAAAGCUGGCUCAUGCGACGGUUUAGCAAGAAUUCUUAAUACAUCAAGACCUAAACCAAUCAUCAACACGCUUCCAAUUCGCAAUUUGUUCGUAACGACAACAACGAAGAUACCCUCAUUUUAUAUCAUAUUUACGCGGCGUUAUUUCGGUUCUAGGUGCUGGCAUUGUUGGGGCGGCACCGUGCAGUUCUCACGCGAAGUUUGGCAAGGUCAUCGGGUCAAAGUUGCUAGGGGGGUGGGUACUUUGACGACUAUGCGAGCGUAAUACCACAGGAGCAUAACGAGUAUGGGGUUGUGGCAUUUGUUUUGGGGGAC